AUGACCGUCCAGGCGAGGAGAUCCUCCGCGGCCUACAGCAAACCGUCACCAUACAGAGCACACGACACCGACAUCGAAAAACAACAUCUUAAUGCCGCCCCCAACUUCACCAUUUCAAUCGCAGCGAUGACUCUGAGUCCGAGUCCGAUACCGACAAAGGCCCUGGUCACUCCUCAACUUCUUACCCACCCGCAAGCGGCGGGAGUCUCCGACACGGCCACCCAGCUGUCGUCUCGCCAAAACCGCCCACUUGGGAGGGGGUUCCCGUUCCUCAAUCGCUACAAUGGUGGAAUUACAAACCUGGUCUCUCGCCAAGAUAAUGUACCCGAAUACCCUGGCAGCGGUAUGGAGGGAAUGCCCGAUCCCAUGGAAGAGAAAGUGGAAGACAAGCAACUCAACAAGCGGGACAUGACGCCCUCCAUGUCCAGCUCGGUUUUAACCCAUAUCCGGAAUAUCGCCUCAUCGGAAUACAUCAAGAAAUAUGGUGAGAAACGCGAGUGCUUCUUGGAUAAGGAUCGUACGGUCCGAGUUCCACCUCUGCAGAGCUACCCUGGAGUUCCCAAAGGGUUCCCGGAGCCGGUGAUGGGCUCGAACGCCAUGCUUGGUAUCCGCGACGAUGUGUGCUUUGAUCGAUUUGGACGUUUGGGACCGUACGGACUUGGAUAUGGGGCCAAGAAGGGAGGCAUUGGCGCCGGUCUAGAGGGCCACCGCGAUGGUGCAGGAGCGGGUUUGGGAAGACAUUCCCCCGCAAAUCGCCAUCGUUUCAACGAGCUGCCCGAGCCGCGUUUGAACCGAUUCGUCUCCAUGCCCGUGGGGAAUCCUGGUGUGACCGUGCAGGAGUCGGAGGAUACCUACAAAUCGAAGCCCAAGGUCGGUUCCGAUCGUCUACCGAGAACCGCUGUGGUCAUCCGGACCUGGCACGACUUCAAUUACACCCCAGAGGAUAUCAUGUACAUGCGAUCCGUGAUCUCGGAGCUCUCUUUGAUGUCUGGUGGCGAGUACACCAUUCACUUCCUCAUCCAUGUCAAAAACAACGACCUCCAGAUCUGGUCUGAUGAUGAAACCUACCAGCGCGUGCUUCACGAUGCGCUACCGGAGGAAUUCCGAGGAAUGGGAACCCUUUGGUCAGAGGCGCAGAUGGCUUUGAUGUACCCUGCUCUGGAGGAAACUUUCAUGCGUGGUCUGCCCAUCCACGGCGUCUACCGCAGUACCUACAUGCCCCUGCAGUACUUCGCCUUCCAGCACCCGGAAUACGACUACUUCUGGAAUUGGGAGAUGGAUGCUCGUUACACUGGUCACUGGUACCAUCUCUUCGACAAGGUUAGCGACUGGGCGAGAGCGCAGCCUCGAAAGGGUCUCUGGGAGCGCAACUCUCGCUUUUACGUUCCGUCAGUUCACGGCUCGUGGGAUGACUUCCGCCAGAUGGUUCGCGUACAGACUGAAAGUGGCACGAACAGUCCUAAUAACAUGUGGUCCGUGGUUAAGCCCGAUGGAACCGAAAAGGAUCGUGAUAUGAACGGAUUACAUCAGCAGGGUGACAAAUCCAGUAUCAAUGGGGUGUGGGGCGAAGAUGCGGAUUUGAUUGUCUUCAACCCACUGUACGACCCCGAAGGCACGACUUGGCUUCUUCGUGAUGACGUGACCGGUUACAACAAGGAGAAUGGCAUGCCUCCCCGCCGAACUGCAAUCAUCACCGCCUCCCGUCUGUCUCGCAAGCUCCUCACAACUAUGCACAAGGAAACCGCUCUUCGCCAUCACAGCAUGUUCUCGGAGAUGUGGCCUGCGACCACAGCGCUGCACCACGGCUUCAAGGCUGUCUAUGUACCUCACGCUGUCUACAUCGACCGCCGCUGGCCGACAAAGUACCUCGAGACUGUCUUCAACGCCGGCCGCAACGGUGCCUCGGGUGGUGCUCGUACCUCUGUCUUUGGAGACAGGGAACACAAUUUCAAGGGUACAACCUGGUUCUACUCCGCCGGAUUCUCUCCCUAA